GUGUGUUAGAGGUUACACUGAACCACGUGUGUGAGGCUGAAGUUGUCCUUUCAGCAGCGGUGAGGUGCACCAGCGUAAGCUGCUAGUUCUAAGGGGGUUUCAGUUAGCAAGAUCAAACGUAGUUUUGCAAGUACAUCAACACGGAGAAGAACAUGGUUAGUAAAACAGAUGAAAUGACAGCAACCGUUCCAAAUAAUAAUACCGGUGUUAAAGACGAGAACUGCGCUGCUAAGAAAAAAGAUCAAAAGAGUCAAGACAGGUCAGCUGAGAUGGCAGUAGAGAAUGCUGAAGAUGGAAAACACAACUCAUGUGAGGCUGAUGCCAAGGAAGAGAAAGAUCAAGAGGAUGAUGGGAGUGAUCAAGAAGUUAUCGUCAUCCAGGAUACUGGGUUUACUGUGAAAGUCCAUGCUCCUGGAAUAGAUCCUUUUGAUCUUCAGGUUUCACCUCAGGAGAUGGUCCAGGAGAUUCAUCAAGUGCUUAUGGAUAGAGAAGACACCUGCCAGAGAACAUGCUUUUCUCUUCAGCUGGAUGGCAAUGUCCUGGAUAAUUUUGCAGAGCUCAAAGCAAUUGAAGGACUACAAGAAGGGUCAGUGCUUAAAGUGGUGGAAGAGCCAUAUACAGUACGAGAGGCCAGAAUACAUGUACGUCAUAUCAGAGAUCUUUUGAAAAGCCUUGAUCCUUCUGAUGCAUACAAUGGUGUGGACUGCAGUUCCCUAUCCUUCCUAAGUACUUUCACAGAUGGAGAUCUUGGAGACAUUGGACAACGCAAGAAGAGAGGAAUGGAGCUAGACCAGAUUGACUGCACACCUCCAGAACAUAUCUUGCCAGGCAGCAAAGAGCGCCCUUUAGUGACCCUUCAACCACAGAGCAAGGAUUGGAAGCCUUUGCAGUGCCUGAAAGUUCUGACCUUGAGUAGCUGGAACCCCCCACCAGGAAACCGAAAGAUGCAUGGAGACCUAAUGUAUUUGUAUAUUGUAACCAUGGAAGACAAACAUGCUAGUAUCACAGCUUCAACACGUGGAUUCUACUUGAACCAAUCAACAACAUACAACUUUUCUCCCAAGCCUGCUAAUCCCAGUUUUCUCAGUCAUUCACUUGUGGAGUUACUUAAUCAGAUUAGUCCAGGUUUCAAGAAGAACUUUGCUGCUCUACAAAGGAAGAGGGUACAGAGGCACCCAUUUGAAAGGAUAGCCACUCCUUUUCAGGUUUACAGCUGGACUGCACCACAGGUGGAUCACGUCAUGGACUGCGUUAGAGCUGAGGAUGCUUAUACUUCAAGACUGGGUUAUGAAGAACAUAUCCCUGGGCAGACUCGAGAUUGGAAUGAAGAGUUACAGACAACAAGAGAGCUGUCACGUAAAAACCUACCAGAAAGACUUCUUAGGGAAAGAGCGAUCUUUAAGGUUCACAGUGACUUUGCAGCAGCUGCAACUAGGGGUGCCAUGGCAGUCAUUGAUGGUAAUGUUAUGGCCAUAAACCCUGGAGAAGAGACCAAGAUGCAGAUGUUUAUAUGGAAUAACAUUUUCUUUAGCUUGGGCUUUGAUGUCCGGGAUCACUACAAAGACUUUGGGGGAGAUCAUGCUGCCUUUGUGGCACCCACAAAUGACUUGAAUGGAGUUCGGGCCUACAAUGCAGUCGAUGUGGAGGGACUGUACACUUUAGGAACUGUAGUUGUUGACUACAGAGGUUACAGGGUCACUGCGCAAUCUAUUAUUCCAGGAAUUUUGGAACGUGAGCAGGAGCAGAGUGUCAUUUAUGGGUCAAUAGAUUUUGGUAAAACUGUGGUCUCACACCCUAAGUAUUUGGAACUGUUAGAGAAAACAAGUAAACCACUUAAGGUACUGAAGCACAAAGUGUUGAAUGAUAAAAGUGAAGAAGUGGAGUUGUGCUCUUCUGUAGAAUGUAAAGGGAUCAUUGGGAAUGAUGGCCGCCAUUACAUCCUUGACCUUCUGCGCACUUUUCCUCCUGACUUGAACUUUCUUCCUGUAGAAGGGGAAGAAAUGCCUGAGGAAUGUACAAAAAUGGGAUUCCCCAAAGAACAUCGACAUAGACUGUGCUGCCUUAGACAAGAACUGGUGGAUGCUUUUGUGGAACAUAGGUAUCUACUAUUUAUGAAGCUGGCUGCCUUGCAACUCAUUCAACAAAAGGCCAAUAAACUAGACAACCCAGAUGUUAUGGAGAAUGGUCUUUCUGCAACAACGGAUGUUGCAGAAAGUGAAAAUUUGGGAAGAUCUGAGCCUGAAGAUGGUAAGAUUGAAGAAAAUAUAUCGGGAUUAGAGCAAGCUAAAGAGCUUGCAGAGACCAUAGCAUCAAAUGAAGGAACAGUGGACCCAAAGAGCAAGGAAGUGAUACAGAAUGCUUGUAAAGCUGUUGGCUCCAUUAGCUCUACUUCAUUUGACAUACGUUUCAAUCCUGAUAUCUUCUCACCAGGUGUUCAUUUUCCUGAGGCAUGCAGCUUGGAUAGUCAGAAACAGUUACUGAAGGAUGCUGCUGCUUUCUUGGUGUCUUGCCAGAUUCCUUCUUUGAUAAAAGACUGCCUUGAUCAUACAGUACUGCCAAUGGAUGGAGCUACUCUGGCUGACGCAAUGCAUCAGAGGGGCAUCAACAUGCGUUAUAUGGGUAGAGUUGUUGAGUUUGUUACAAAAACACCUGGAAGAUCACAGCUGGAUCACAUCUAUAAAAUUGGAGUGACCGAACUGAUUACAAGAUCAGCAAAACAUAUCUUCAGGACAUAUCUCCAGGGGAUAGAAUUAUCUGGCCUUUCUGCUGCUAUUAGCCAUUUCCUAAAUUGCUUCUUAAGUUCGUUCCCAAAUCCUGUUGCUCACCUACCAGCAGAUGAAUUGGUAUCCAGGAAGAAGAAGAACAAGAGAAAGAAUAAGAAUUUGGGCACCGCAGAUAACACUUCAUGGUCCAACCUCACACCACAGGAUUUAUGGAAAAACAUAGUCAGUGAAACAAAGAGCUACUAUGAUUAUCCUCUGGAAUGUGACCAUGUUGACCAGGCUGUGGAGAACUAUGGUCUGCAGAAAGUCACCAUUCUCAGGGAGUUUUCAGUCAAAACCGGUAUUCAGCUGCUCCUGAAAGAGUACAACUUAGAAGGUCGACAUAAGCCUGCCUUCACAGAAGAGGAUAUCCUCAACAUUUUCCCAGUUGUCAAACAUGUGAAUCCCAAAGCUUCAGAUGCUUUCCAUUUCUUUCAAAGUGGACAAGCAAAAGUUCAGCAAGGUUUCCUUAAAGAAGGCUGUGAGUUGAUCAGUGAAGCCCUUAACUUGUUCAAUAAUGUUUAUGGAGCAAUGCAUGUUGAAAUCUGUGCAUGUCUCCGAUUGCUGGCACGACUUAACUACAUCAUGGGAGACUACUCAGAGGCCUUAAGUAACCAACAGAAAGCAGUGCUGAUGAGCGAAAGAGUGUUGGGGAUUGAGCACCCUAAUACAAUCCAGGAAUAUGUGCAUCUUGCUCUUUAUUGUUUUGCAUAUGGUCAGUUGUCAACUGCUCUGAAGCUACUGUAUCGUGCCCGCUACCUCAUGCUGCUUAUAAUAGGUGAAGAUCACCCUGAGAUGGCACUGCUUGAUUGCAACAUAGGGCUAGUACUUCAUGGAGUUAUGGAAUGCGGUCUGUCUUUGAGGUUCCUGGAGAGUGCGCUGGCUAUUAAUUCUAAAUAUCAUGGAGCAAAAUCUCUUAAAGUUGCAUUAAGUCAUCAUCUGAUUGCCCGUGUAUAUGAGAGCAAAGCAGAGUUCCGCUCAGCACUGCAGCAUGAAAAAGAAUGCUAUACAAUCUACAGAAAUCAGCUUGGUGAACAACAUGAGAAGACCAAAGAAAGCUCUGAGUACUUGAAGCACUUAACACAACAAGCAGUUGCUCUUCAACGUACAAUGAAUGAAAUUUACAAGAAUGGAUCCAAUGCAAAUAUUGCACCUCUUAAGUUCCCUGCUCCAAAUAUGGCCAGUGUGUUGGAAAAUAUGAAUGUUAUUAAUGGUAUUCUCUUCAUUCCUCUAAGCCAAAAAGAUCUAGAAAACUUAAAAGCUGAAGUGCAAAGACGUCAGCAGCUUCAUGAAGCAGUAAACUGCAGUGAACAAUUGACAAUUGAGGAAAAACUGACAGAAACUGAACAAAUACAUAUCACAGAGACCAUAGCUUCUAGUGAUACAGCUGCAGCAAAGACGACGACAUAAAAUUUACAAUUUGAAAUAUUAAACCAGGCUAAUGACCUCCUCUGGCAUAUGGACUUGUUUCACAUUGAUACUGCUGCACUGGUGUGGUGUGGUUAUUUGACUACAGAGAGAGAGAGGCAAGAAAAUGUUGAUGUCCAAGCCUUAGCGGCAUUACCAAGAACUGAAGAACUUGAAUCAUGCAGGCUGCUGUAUGUACAACACUUAUAUUUGCAGAUUCCAGUAAUUGCAGUAUCAGUGCCCAUCCGAUCAUGUACAUAUUAAUGUAAUUCCAGAUGAACUGUCUUGAGUUAAUAUUUUUCUCAGGUCAUUUUUAUGUUGUUCCUAUAUAUAUAUAUAUAUAUAUAUAUAUAUAUAUAUAUAUAUUUGUAUUUAGGAAUCUAAGCUCCGAGCCAAAACAUAACGCACACUAAAAAAGUCCUAAAGUAAACAACUUAUGCACAUUUUACUGCUGCAAGGUGUUUGAUUAAAAUUUGUACAGAAUGUGAAAUUGUAUAGUUUUUUACAAUAGGAGUUAGCCAUUUGCUUCCAUCAGCUUUAGCAAAAUUAAUUUUUUAUGGGAGGUUUAGUUUACUUAUGCUUUUUGUUUGUUGGUUUUUUUUUUUGAAUUGUAUAAAUGGUAUUAAGUUAACUAUUCACUGUUUCACUUUCUGUAAGACACACUUUUAGAAAACUAGAUGUUAAAACACUGAAUUUCCUUGUUUCCUUUUUUGUUUGCAGAUUGAGUGUUUCUGACACAAUUUUUUUAUGGUAUUUGUCUUAUGUCCUUUAUCUUCCUCUUCCCAUCAUUGAUGUUGGUCAUUUUGGUUAAAUUUUAGAUUUGUAAAUUUGUUUUGACAUUUGCAAAAGACAACUAUCCAGGCUUGAUGGAAGUUGAAAAAGGUCUCUGUCAUUUUGUGAUGCUGCUUAUUAUUGCACAAAAUAUUUUUUUUGUAAUUUUAAUGGUGAGAUCAAAUUUAAAACACGCCUGCCCAGAUUUUUAAUAAAUUAUAAUUUGGGGGAAAUGAAAAAACAAACAUGACCUUAAACUCAUGCUGAAA